AUGCACGAACGCAACAGGCAGGCCAACUCCAUUCAGAACACGCAGCGGGCUUUUCAGGAGAGAAAUUCAGAAGGAGUUUUGCCUGCAGGGAGUGCGCCCCAGGCAUUUGGAGCAGAAGUGCUGGAGGCUGAUGGCAUCCUUGCCUUGGCGGAUCUGCUGCCAGACAGCAAGGACGCAGAUCUUGACACUGACGAGGCAGUUGAUCUGAUGAGGCAAAUCCUGGCUGCCUUGAGGGUCAUCGUGGCUGCUGACAGCCAGAGCAGGGAGGCUGCUGGGGCAAAGCUUGAUGUGCUUGUUCGCAUUGCACGUCUCCUGGCGUAUGAGAAGACUGCGGGUAGCGCGGUGGAUGUGGCGGCUGCACUGGUGGAGUAUGGCCCACAUGAGCGCAGCGUUGGGUGCGCGUGCUGCCUCGCGCUGUGCCAGGCUGGCGCGCCCCAGCCGCUGCUCAAGAUUGUCACCGGGGAGCCACUGCGCCCCUCCAGCAUCAAGGCGAUGGAGGUGGUCCGCAAGUUGGCAUCGGCAGGGCCUCGCCAGCUGGCGAUGCUACGCCAAGCACACUGCCUGGAGUCCUGCAUCCACCUCAUCAAGCAUGCGCCGCUGGACUGCAGGGUAGCCUAUCUGGCUGUCACCGUGCUGCGCGAGUUUACAGAGUGGGACACGGCAAGCAGGGCGGCGAUCAUCAAGCUGGGUGGGCACAUGGACUUGCUACAAGCACUCCAUGCGGCAGAGUUUGAAGAGUUGGCCAUCAUGCAUGACAUCACCGAGGCGCUGGGCAAGCUGUCGGAUGACAAGGGCCCGGACAACAGCAGCACGGGAGGCAAGAGGCUUCUGCAUUGGGCUGCUCAGUUCGGCGACUCUGACCUCGUCAGCAGGCUCAUGAGGGACAACCCAGUCUCAGACUUGCAGGACUUUCGGGGCAACAGGCCCCUCCAUCUUGCCGUCCUCAACAAUCACAAGGCUAUUGUAAAGGAAUUACUGGAGUACAAUGCGGACGUGCUAGCUUGCAAUAGCCAGGGAAAGUGGUCACUGGACAUGGCGACCCCCAAGUCGGACGUCUGGCAGAUGCUGUACAAAGAAGUCCAAUGGCGUAGCUUCCUGGAGCAGCCACGCCCUUGUCACCUCAUCAUGGAUGGGUGGGAGGGGCCAGGGCAAUGCAGCUUCUCACCUCUCCUGGCCAUUCUCAGCUUGCAGAGCUCUGCUGGAGGGAAAUCAAAGACAGCUGAAUCCUCCUUGCAGCGCCUGUUGAGAGGGAGAACCAGCGGCAAGGGCGCAGCCGGCAAAUCGCUGCCAUGCGAGUUGCGCAUGCCACACACCGCCAGCAUUCGGGUCUUGGGCAACACAGCCGUGGAGGUCAACUUCAUGGCCACCGACACAAUCCUUGGUCACUGCGUGCCUGCCACGUCAGCGGACGGCAAGUGCCGCCUGCAGCAGCUGCUGAUCACCCUGGCGCAGCCGUCUGAGGCGGCAGAGCUGCACAUGGCGCUGACGGUCAUGCAGCAGCGCGCACACACAGACAUCCUGGAGUUUGCGCGCCUGCUGCACCAGCACCUGGACCUCUACGAGCGGCAGAAGGCCGCGCAGCUACACGCGCGAAUGCAGCUCCACGCCAUCUCACAAGAGCUGCUGGCAAGCCGCCUCCCCAUGCCUUUCACACGAGCACUCCUCUAUCUGUCUACAACAAAGCUGGGCAAGCUUGUGGAAGCAGUGGAGUCUGGUAGAGAAGCUGUCCUGGCCUCCCACAGAACUGUCCUGGACUACGCCGACUCCUCCAUCGCUCGGCUCGGGACGCUGCGGGUGGAGUGCGAGAAGCGGGAGGGCAGGGGCUGCGAUGAUUCAUGGCAGGCACUGGGGGAGCGCGCGCUGGCCAGCCUGCAGACAGUGCGCGCCUACCGCGAACGCGCGCUGCAGGCAGCCUACUGCGGCCUGCUGCCGCCACCCCCCUGCCAGCUUGACGGCCAGCCGCACUGUGGAGGGGGCCUGCUGGACUCGGAUGACCAGCGCCUGCUGAGGGCGCUUGUGCCGGGCGACAGCGUGUCUGCCGCGCGCAGCCCCCACGACCUCCAAGUGCACACCGAUCUGGAGCUCGUCCAAGCCCUGCGCUCCCUCAGGGAGGAGUGCACAAAGCUGCUGUCCGGCCCCAAGAAGCUCCGAGCAGCGUCCAAGCCAAGAAAGGCCCGGCCGCCCAAGUUGCUACCCAAGCCAGAUCCUGCGCAGCCCGCCAUCGGGCCGCCCAGCACGCCCGACAAGCUCACCAGGGAAGCUGCCGCAGCUGGCCAGCACAGCUUCACCACCCCCGUGCCAGCUUCCUCCGGGUCCAAACGCGGCCAGCCCGGCGGCGCCCGCAGCAUCCAGCCGACCGUCCUUGCCGACAGAUUCUGCAGUGCCGACAUGAGUGCCCCGGUCCCCAGCAACAAGGAGCAGCUCGCUGCACCGCACGCGCAAAAGGGCGGCAGGAGCCGCGUCAGGGGCAAGGAGAAAGCGGCCGGCGGCGCGGGUGGGACAAGGCCAGGCUCAGAGGCCGACGGCGGUGCGCUGGUGUCAGACGACAACCUCAGCAUGACGGGGCUGGUGGACUCGCAGUCCGACAGCUGUUCUGACAAAGAGGCGAUGACAAACGCGCCGGCCGCGCGGGAUGCCGGCAGCUCGUCGCAAUCCAGCGCCGGCUCGGGGAGCGAAGACAGCGACAGCUCGGCCGCGCACCGGCGCCAGGCGAAGAAGUUCAUCGCCGCCGCACCAACUCUGGCCGCUCCAGCAAUGCAGCCCAAGAGCGACGCCAAGAGCGACGCACACGGCAACAAAGAGCAAGAAAGGCAGGAGGUGGUGGAGAGUCAUGCAGAGCAGCCCGCUGCGGAUUUUACGGAUGUGGAAGUGAAGAGCUGUGAGGAUGCGAGCGACUCGGAUGAGUCGGAGGCGAGCCUGGGGUCACCGCUGGGAAUCGCUGGCGGCUCCAGGUUGCCAAGUCUGGCGCUGUCCGAGAGCGAGCAAGCACGUGCUGGCGCAAGAAGCCAGUCAGAAGACAGUGUCAUGGAGUGUCGGAGGAGCGGGAGCUUCACGUUUGCGCCUGUGUCUGGGAGGGGCAACAGCGUGGCUGCAUUUGCAGCCAGGCGUCGUGCCACAACCUCUGAGCCGUGCGAGGCGCUCUCGUUCCCUCGUCUGGACACCAUGCGCCCUUCACCGCUGAGGCAUCAGUCCUCCAUGCCAGAAGUAGAGGCCAAGGAGAUCUCCCCACCGGCAGAGCGCCUGCUUGAGUCUGGACUGUCAUCCGGCGACUGGGCCGGCCUCGCGGCCCACGAUGACCUCUCACAGGCGUUGGCAGAGAGCUUGAAGGGGAGCGCAGGAAGUGCCGACGGCAUGCAGGAGCUGAUAGCACUGCUGGGGACAGAUGAGUGGCCCCUGGGCAGCGGCAGUGCAGAGGCAGAGCUGGCCAAGGCACAUGCCUCCAUCUUCGGCCCUCCUGCACCAGAAGGCAUGGAGGCAGGGCAGCCAUCGAUGUCCUCUGGGCUGACCAGUGCGCAGCCAAAAGCACAGGGAGAUGCGACAAAAGCAGUGAAGGCGGCUGCUGCAGAGGCAGAAGGAGAAGAAAGAAGUACUUCGGCGCAGGACAGAAGUGAGCUGAUGCAGGGGCUGACGGCCGAGAUCGCAGCCGCGGCCCAAAAGGCAGCACAGGACGCCAUUUCCUCCUCAGUGCAGGUGGCAGGAGAUGCUGUGAAGGAGCUGCCCACGUGGGCAGGGCCUGACGUCAUAAUCGCAGCAACCAUGUCCAAGCUGGACAUCAUCGUCGCCGCCGCCAGCGCGCAGUUUGCGGACGCGAUUGAGACGGGCGUGGCGCGCGCGGCGGCCAUGGCCAGCUCCAUGUCAGCGGACGCGCUGUCGCACCGGCUGGCCGAGCGCAAGCGCGCAGCCGCCGGCAGGCAGCCGCCGCUGCUGGGCCUCCCUGCGGCGGCCCCCGGGUCCCCCAUCGAUGCGGACGGUGCCACCUCCCCAGGGAGGGGCCCCAUCUCGGCGCGCUUCCCCGCCUUCGCCCAGCGCAGCCGGGGGUCUUCGCCGAGCGCCAGCCGCCACGCCAGCCAAGCUGAGGAGGUCCCCCCGCCUGCAAAAGAACCCCAAACACUGCCAGGCACCGGCCCACAGCUGAUGGACAGCACUGCAGAGCGCGACUCACAUGCACCUCUGCGUGAGGCAACUGCCGCCGCAGCCAGCCAGCACGCCGACCCGACAGACCUGCCAGCGCAGCCGCCUGCAGUGCGUGCGGUGAGCCCGGCUGCAGACGUGUUAACCAACAGCGCGGAAAAAGCCGAGUCAGAAGAAGGCCGGGGACCUGUGGACGCCGCGCUGCAGAGUCCCACAAAGAAGGCCAGAGCCGACCCCCUGCCGCCAUUCCUGCAGCGGCAGGUGCACGACAGCCUGACAGCUGGCCUCGACGUGGCAAUCCUCUCCGCAAUGGCCGUGCCUCGGGCGGCUAGCGCACCAAAGGGGGAUGACGCACUCCUCAGCAAGCCGCCUUUGGCGAAGGGCUUCCACAGUGGGGAGGGCGGCAGCGCAGAGCCGGCUGUGAGGGCCAGCCCCAGGGGCCGCAAGGGAGCCAGCAGAUCGAUUAGCAAAAUCCGCGACCGCCGCGCUCACGGAGGCGGCCCCACCGCGAAGGAGAUUCUGGAGCCACUCUCGGGCGCCACGUCAUCCUGCGGUUCUGGGCAGCUGGCGCUCGCCGGUCACGAGUUUGAGAACGCACUGUUUGACAGCGAUGCCAGCAGCGUGCCCUUUCUGGUCCGGCCCAUGUGCACGCAGAGCAGCCGCUUCACGGCAGACACCGGGUCCAUGCACAGUACGCCAGCUUCUGCUGCCAAGGCGGCCACGACUGACUCAGCUUCGGAGGCAGGUGCAGUACUGCUGUCCAGCAGCUUCCUCGGCACUGCCUCUCCCCUGGGAACGGCCGAGAGUGCUGGGUCCAGCUCUGCUGACAGUGCAGCUGGCUGCGUGGAGGCCAAGAGGCACCGUGGCCCAGGCACGCGCAGCGCAGAUCUGAACUUGUGCAGGUCAGAGAGUGGAUACACCUCGUCAAAUGAUGCCGCCAACUUUGAGGCACCUUGGGCAUGAGACCCAUUUGCCUGAAAUGCUUUUGAAAGAGCUCCCAGCUCUGUUCUGCCUGGUAAUAUAUGAUGAGGAGAAGCUACUUGAUGACAUUGUGAAGCCUGGAAUGAAUGAAAGAGAGUGUGACAAGGCAUGAAUGUAUAUUUUAUUUUGGACUGUGAUGCCAUGGAGCUUGGUGGUGAACAAGGUUCUGUUAGGAAAUAGAUGAAAGACUUGUUCAAAAUGAGUUCUUCAUCUGGAGGAUCUUGCAUCGAGCAAGCUUCUUAUUUGAUUGAUGUGUAUAUAUUGGUCCAUCUUCACGAGCACUUUCGUGCCUCUAAUAAUUUGGAGAACCUCAUGCAAUCUGCAGUGCUAUGAAGGGGAGUCCUUCUGUGUAUAGCGAGUCUGCUGUCAGUCGUUCUGCAUUGAAGCGAAGUGACUCUGCUGAAUUUAAUAAAGUGAUCCAACUUC